UUUAUUUUUGUUCGCACGGAUUCUGUUAUUAAUUGUAAUUCUUUUUAUUCAAUACAUGGUUAAAUUAUCAUGUUCAGUAAUAUGUAUAGUUAUGUGUUGUAAUAAACCGACAAUCCAAGGAAAAACGUAGUGAUGGCAGAUCAAUUCUGUUUACGUUGGAAUAACUUUCAAACAAAUAUAGUGAGUGCCUUAGAUUCUUUAAAGUGUUCUGAAGACUUGGUCGAUGUCACUCUUACAUGUGAAGGUAGAAAUAUCAAGGCCCACAAAGUGAUACUCUCCGCGUGCAGCCCGUACUUUAGGAAUGUGUUCAAGGAAAAUCCCUGUCAACAUCCUGUGAUUAUUUUGAAAGAUGUUUCAGCUGAUGAUAUUGUCAGCUUACUUUCUUAUAUGUAUCAAGGAGAGGUGUUUAUUGAAGAGAGUAAGCUGUCAUCAUUUUUGCAUACUGCAGCAUUGUUACAAGUUAAGGGGUUAACAGGUGUUACACACCAGAAUGAAAACUUUAUAUCACCAAGGACCACAACAAAACUAUAUACACAAUUAACUAUAUCUUCUAAGUCCAACCUUGGUGCUAAUACUACUUCCAAGGAAUCUAAAGUGCCUGCUCUUAAGAAAAGGCGUUGUAGUACAUCUGAUAAACCAAAUGAUAUAGUAAAUGUUGAGACAAACAAAAAGAGUAAGAUACGGGAACCAUGUGACGUUUGUAAUAAUCUUAAUGAUUCACAAACAAUCAAAGUUGACAGUCCAGUAUUUGCGGCAGAAAAUAAUGUGGAUAAAAAAAAUGAAAGUAAAGAAAAUGUUACUGCUAAUGGGAAAAGCUCAACUGCAACACAGGGAAAUGCUCAAGACGAUAUGCCAGUAUCUGUCAAAACAGAAUGGAUUGAUGACAACACCUCCACUUCCGGUGCUCCACUAAUAAACUCAGAAAAUGAUGAUAGUCUCCCCGAUUAUGAGAACAGCAUGCUGGCCAGAUCAUUACUCUCAGGUAUAAACCCAUCAAAGAGUGACGCCACACCCAACAAUCCACCAGCCAAAAAGAUUUCAUCUGCAAUUGACAUGCAUUGUAUUAGGCCAAAAGAAAUUAAUACGGAAUCUAGUGCCUUUGUUAAUACCAUAUCAAAAAGUCCAAUGAAAAGUUCAACAGAUGAUACUGUAGUAAAAACAGAAAAACAUUCACCACACUCCGAUAUGGAAUAUGAACCUGAAGUGCUAUUGUCUGAACAUCAAGUUGGUACGGACACGGAUAACACAUAUACUCAAGAACAGUCACAAGCAUUACUCAUAUUAGCAGGUAUGUCAAGUGGGCCAGUUUUAGGUGCGGUUGCAUCAACAUCCAAUCAUGCAGCCAUCUGCGGGGACUGUCCACACUGCGGUAUGAAGUAUUCCAAUCAAUCAGCUCUAAAAUAUCAUGUACGAUUGAUGCACUCAGAUCUGACUAAUAGGUUAUGUUGCUAUCUUUGCCCGAGAUCAUUUACAAUGAGAGAAACUUUUAAAGAACAUAUGUGGACAAGCCACGGACAAAGGAAUUAAGUAUGAAGAUUUGUGCCUUAAAAUCCUUUGGUAUUUUUUAUAAAAUUUAUUGAUAAUACGUAUGAACUGUUUGUGCCUUUCCCAAUCUUGAAAUGAUAUGUUCUUAUAUAGUGCUAGUGAAAUCUCACAUUAGUGAGUUAAGUGGUUUGCAUUUGAAUAUGAAUACUUCGGAUCAAAUCAUGGAUUUUGUAAUCUACAUUGGAUUAUGUAUGAUAUAAAUGAGAUCAAGGCCAUAAUUCCACUUUAAACCUUCGAGAUACAUAUUGGAAAGGUUAUUAAAUUUUAAGCGGAGUGGCCAAGAUGUCUUUAUUGUCAUAGUAUUAAAAAGUUCUAUUUAUUCUACGCAGGAUAAAAAUUGUUGAAAAUUUACAAUUGGCUCAGUACCUGUAGGUGCUUAUUUAUUGUGGUAUGGUGCUAUUCAAAAAAUGAAAGCACUAUUUUAAAUAAACCAUGGGACAUUGUAAUGAUAUUUAAUUACAGAUUAAAAAAGAGAUCUUGUACCCACUAGGUGGGUCGACAUGAAUAUACAAAAAUUUAUUACAUUUAUAAAGCUUAAUGAUGUAUAUUUAUAAUAUUAUCUAAGAACAAUUCAUGAUGUCUGACAUAUAAAAACUAUAACAUAGUUCAUAGUUUAUUUGAUGUAAAGAAGGUACAUAAAUACCCCAGGAGAAGAAGUAAAAGGGUAUUGUUCUAUAGAAGUUAUUCAUGUCCUGUGCCUUGAGAAUAUAAUUGAGAUCUGUAUUGAUUAUU